GAUCGAGGUCACAGGAAAGAAUCAAAGUCAGAGCAGUGUUUCCUCAGCAAAGGAACAAGAAGAUCAGAGCCUCGUCUCCUAGGGAUCCAGCACUGGAGAGACGGGUAAGAUUCUUCCAAGCAUGGUUUCCCACUCGGAGCUGAGGACGCUGUUCUGCGCGGCGGACGCCGUGUGCUUCGAUGUGGACAGCACGGUGAUCCGGGAGGAGGGCAUCGACGAACUGGCCAAGUUCUGCGGUGUGGAGGAGGCGGUGUCGGAGAUGACGCGGCGCGCCAUGGGCGGGGCGGUGCCCUUCCGAGCUGCGCUGGCCGAGCGCCUGGCCCUGAUCCGGCCGUCCAGGGAGCAGGUGCAGAGACUGCUGGCCGAGCACCCGCCGCACCUGACCCCCGGUGUGAGGGAGCUGGUAAGUCGCCUGAAGGAGCGUGGAGUUCAGGUUUUCCUAAUCUCUGGUGGCUUUAGGAGUAUUGUAGAGCAUGUUGCCUCCAAGCUCAAUAUCCCAGCAGCCAAUGUGUUUGCCAAUAGGCUGAAAUUCUACUUUAACGGUGAAUAUGCGGGUUUUGAUGAGACACAGCCAACGGCCGAAUCUGGUGGGAAAGGAAAAGUAAUCAAAUUUUUAAAGGAAAAAUUUCAUUUUAAGAACAUAGUCAUGAUCGGAGAUGGUGCCACAGACAUGGAAGCCUGCCCGCCCGCUGAUGUUUUCAUUGGAUUUGGAGGAAAUGUGAUCAGGCAACCAGUAAAGGACAAUGCCAAGUGGUACAUCACUGAUUUUGUGGAGCUUCUGGGAGCACUGGAAGAAUAAUCCGGAACCGCCAUCUUCCAGUAAUUUGCCAAAAUGACGAACACAAAGGGAAAGAGGAGGGGAACCCGGUAUAUGUUUUCUAGGCCUUUUAGAAAACAUGGGGUUGUUCCUUUGGCCACAUACAUGGGAAUCUACAAAAAGGGUGAUAUUGUAGACAUCAAGGGAAUGGGUACUGUUCAAAAAGGAAUGCCACCCAAAUGUUACCAUGGCAAAACUAGAAGAGUCUACAAUGUUACCCAGCAUGCUGUUGGCAUUGUUGUAAACAAGCAGGUUAAGGGCAAGAUACUUGCCAAGAGGAUUAAUGUGCAUAAUGAGCAUAUUAAACACUCAAAGAGUCGAGAUAGCUUCCUGAAAUGGGUCAAGGAAAAUGAUCAGAAAAAGAAGGAAGCCAAAGAGAAAGGCGCCCAGGUUCAACUGAGCGCCAGCCUGCCCCACCCAGAGAAGCACACUUUGUGAGAACCAAUGGGAAGGGAGCCUGAGUUGUUGGAACCCAUUCCCUGUGAAUUCAUGGCAGAAGCUGGGGAUGUACCUCUGCCACGCAGCACCUAAUUAGGGGCUGAGUGCCCUAAGCACUACUUCAAAAUAAAAAAAUCAUCCUGUGUUGUAAGGAUGGUUUUCUUAAUUGAACAGGUGUGUGGCGCCUUUACCUCAAAGAAACAAAUAUUUGGAGCAGAUUCUCAUUAUACCCAGUUAAUUGUGUCAGGUCUUUACUCUUCAGUGUUUUUCCUGCUGAAAGAUGUGAGGUAUUGUGCAGAUGCCUACUCAAAUGGCCAAAUAUUUAUGAAACAUUUAUAUUGGCUUAAAGAUCCUCUAAAUCACCUUGGGGACAAGAUGUAUCAAAAUAAAUGGAAGUCAGUAUAUGGCAUUUCAGUUCAAUAAAUUGUUUAAA